CUGACGCAGUACCUGAUAUCCUUGUUGAACAUAUAAAAGUGAUGUGAGUAUCAUAUUUCGAUUCAGUGUUGAAAUAAGCGCCACGAACGAAACGAAUUACACCAGUGAGCAGUUCAUUUUCGAGUUAUUACUAAUUUGGAUUCAAAAAUGAAGGUUUUUACAGCCAUCAUUCCGUUACUGUUGUCGGUUGGGUCGCUUGCUAAUCCCACCUUCCGAUUCGAAGAUGGGGUCUUAGAUUCAAGAUGUCCACAAUAUGAUAACCCAAUGAAUCCUGUCCAUUUACCGCAUGCCAGAGACUGUGGAAAAUUCCUGAAAUGUUUCAGCGGUCGUGCGUUCACGAUCGACUGUCCUCCGGGUCAAGAGUUCGGCCCGAACAUCCAACGUUGUGACUAUCCAUCGUAUGCCCAGUGUCGCUCUGUGCUGGCUCAACCUGAUCCGGCUGAAUUCCGGUUCGAAGAUGGCAUUGAUGACGCGAGGUGCCCUCGCAAUGACGACCCCAUGCAUCCGCUCCACCUGCCACACCCGACGAGCUGUGAAAAGUUUAUGAAGUGCUUCAACGGACUUAGGUUCGAACUGGAUUGCCCUCCUGGUCAGCAAUGGGCAGCUCAUCUGAACCGUUGUGACUUCCCGUCCAUUGCCAAGUGUAAACGAGAUGCUGCCACUUUUCAAGCGGAGGAUCAGGCAGAAGAAGUUGAAGAUGUUGAAGUGAUCAAUGUCGUCGAGGAAGAACAGAGCGACUUGGAUGUCAAUGUGGAAGGGACUGUUGAAGAAGAACCAGAAGCUGUUGCGGCCCCAAUGAAGGCCGAGUUUGUCUACAAUGCCGGCGUUCCUGACAUUCGGUGCCCACGUACAGACGAUCCCUUCCGUCCGAUUCAUUUGCCGCAUGCAACCGAUUGCGCAAAGUUCCAGAAAUGUUUUGAUGGUAGAGCGUACAUUUUGAACUGCCCACCUGGUCAAGAAUUCGGAUCCAAGAUCAACCGCUGCGACUAUCCACAGUACGCACAAUGUGCUCUGCCCAAGCGCAAAAACCUUGCAAAGAUGUUGAAAAAGGCGGCGGCUUACGAUGAUGACUAUUACUACUACAGCGAUGAACAAGAAUUCCCAAUGGAAUCGUCCGAAUGGACUGAUGAGCAGCGGGAAAUGAUCGUGGGAGUUCUGGACAUUCGCUGUCCCACAGUCGAUGAUGACAACAAUCCCGUUCAUCUGACGCAUCCGAAAGAUUGUGGAAAGUUCUACAAGUGCUACGAUGGCCGUGCUUUCCUGAUCGCGUGUCCGGCAGGACAGCACUGGAGUGUGCGGUACGAUCGUUGCGAUUAUCCAAAGGUGGCGAAGUGCACAAUUCGUCCGUAAAGUAAAACCCGGCAUCGGUUUUAACUGACGGUGCUUAGACUAAAUGGUCUAGUGUUUGUAUUUAUUUGCAGUAUGAAUUAGUAAUAAAACGGAAGGGCAUCGCAAACAGCUUUAUUUCUUAUCCAUCUAAUCAUUUCAUCGUGAAUAAAUUAUAGUAUUUUAACAAA